AUAGCUAUUUGUUUUUAACCUUGUAGAUAUAUUGCUCUUUAAUAGCAGUGCUAUUAUUAUGUACGGCUUUUGGAAUUAGAACUGAAGAACUGCGUUUGCUACAUUUCAAUUUGCUGGUGUAUUUACUCGUGCAUCAUGGGUAUUAAAGGGUAAGUGACAAUAAUUUUCCAACCUACAAGCUUCAUGUAUUGAUAGAAUUUACAGAAUUUACGGGGAAAUUGGACCCGGGGAAAGGGUUGCCCUUUCCAAGAUCUCUAUUGAGAAAUUUGAGAAAAAUGGGAUUCCUUUGAGAAUUGCGAUAGAUAUAUCAAUUUGGAAUUUCCAGGUCCAGGCUGGUCAAGGUAAGCUGUCCAGCACAUGAUCAUGAAACACCAAACUUAUCUAGCAUAAGGUGGUACCAAUCCGGCAUUGCGAACGCUAUACUAUCGACUUCUCAGACUCGUUUCAAUUUCUGUACAACCACUGUUUGUCUUCGAUGGGCCUCACAAACCACCCGUCAAGCGUAACAAGCAAACAGGUCGAGGUGGUGCUUCUAUCCCGGAUUUGAUGACUAAAGAGCUGCUCAAACUAUUUGGAUUUGCAUACCAUAUUGCCCCGGGAGAAGCCGAAGCAGAGUGCGCCCUUCUACAGCGUGAAGGUGUCGUAGAUGCUGUUCUGAGUGAAGAUGUUGAUACCCUCAUGUUUGGAAGCGGCUUGACUUUUCGAAGCUGGUCAUCAGAAAAGAAGAGUGGUGCCGGUUCACCAACGCAUGUUAAUGUUUAUGACGCCAAAGCGACCAAGGCUGGUAGAUCGGGAUUGGACCGUGAAGGUAUGAUUUUGGUGGCUCUGAUGAGUGGUGGUGAUUAUAAGACCGAAGGGAUUCCUGGAUGUGGUGUCAAAGUUGCUUGUGAAGCUGCUAGAGCUGGUUUUGGAAAGAGAUUGUGUCAGAUUCGUAGGGAGGAUACCACAGCAUAUGAUGAAUGGAGGGCGGAUUUGGCUCAUGAACUAUUCACAAACGAAAGCAAAUUUUUUCGAACCAAGCGAAAGGCACUACAGAUUCCUGAGGAUUUCCCGGAUAGGAAAGUUUUGGGCUGGUAUACACAUCCAGUUGUUUCCUCGUUAGCGAAGGUGGAGAGACUUCGAGAUCAAAUUAUAUGGGAGGCUGAUAUUAAUGUUCCGAAACUUCGACAUUUCGUGGCCGAUGCAUUUGAAUGGAAGGGGAAAGAAGGGGCCAAAAAGUUCGUGCGAGGUUUAGCACCUGUUUUAUUGUUAGCGAAACUCCGUCAACGUGGAGAUCGUCGAAAUUCUGGAUAUGAUGACCCUAUGCUCACUAAGCUUAAUGAGAUGAAACUGGUAAAGGCUAUCUGUGGCCAAAGAAAACAUGUCACUACGGAUGAAGUUCCAGAGAUGAGAGUCACCUAUCAACCCCUGGAAAUAGUUGAUAUUAAUCUAGAUGAGGAAGAUGAUGAGAUCGAAGAUUAUGGAAGAGAUGGCCUGGCUCCUCUUCUUGAGGAUGACCAGAUACAAGCAUAUGCUUCGGAUGAUGCAGCACCAAGUGAUAGUCCACGAAGACGUGGACCUUCUCCAUAUGAUCCGACGAAAGCAGACAAACUAUGGAUAUUCGAGACCAUAGUCAAAGUUGGAGUACCGCUCACCGUAGAGGACUAUGAAGAAGCUCUUCGAGACCCUAAAAAGGCCUUGAAACAAAAGGCUGCGGCCAAAAGAGCAGAAACUAAAACUACUAAGUCCAAAACGAGUACUAAAGCUACUGGUGGAAUGCCUGAGGGUGCAUUAGAUCGUUUUGUCGAGAUUUCAGAAAAAGGUACCAGAACUACAUCUAAAGUAUCAAGUCAGCCUGUCCAAAAUUUCGACAUACCGGGAGAGGAAUUACCACCUCAUUUCCUAGCUCUAAACCUUCGAAGCCCUAAAUCGCCAGAAGCAACAAUGGUGAGAAAGCGACUUAUCCGCGGCCGUAAACCAACGACUACCAAAGAAAAAGCAAAGACCAAGCUCAACCCAUGGGCUAUCUCUCAGUCAUCCUCUUCUCAGUCGCUGCCUCAAAUAACGAAGCCUUCACGUCUUCGAAGACCUACGACCCCGAUUAAAACAUUUCAGACUCACGCCUCUUUGAGUCCAAGUCCCGAACCUGAAUCUAUUUUUACACCAUUAUCUACACGAAAGCAUCAGCAGUCUGAUAACGAAGACGACGAACCAUCCCUUCCAACUACUAGAACUCUCGUCUACAAUGAUCACCCGUCCCUUAGGAAAAAGCGCUCCCCACCUCAAACAAACACAAAAUCAGGGCUCUCUUCACCUCUGCUAGCCCUCGAUACAGCAUGUGCUCGUGCACCACUCACUCCCCAACCCAUAAAUCGCAAAAUCGACUCCUCACUGCAAUCCCCGGGCAAUAAAUCUUCUUCCUCAGGCUGCUCAUCCAUCUCCAGGUCCUCAUAUAAAACAGCCGCUUCCUACAACUAUUCACCAGGGAGAAUCAUCGAUCUUACUUCUUCGCCUCCAGGAAUCCCCGUACCUUCUUACGAUCCUGAGCCUUUGGGCAGAGAUUAUGAUGACUCACCCGGAUACCCCAAGCUCGUCCUCCCAUCCAGUUCACCCGUCAUAAUGAAAAAUAGCCCACAAUAUCAAGCACAAUUUGAGGAUCACGAUCACAAUCACGAUGCCUGUACACCAACAUAUCAUACCACAAUCAACGUGCACACAACCAUCUACAAUAUUACUCAAUCCCCCUCACCUUCCCCCUUUAAAUCUUCUAAACUCUCUAAACGAUCGAAAUCGGAACAAAUAAAAACAAUAAGAAAACAAACUAUAGAAACGCAAAUUCUCGAAGAGUCGUUCGAUGAGAAGAAACAAAAGAAGAAUUCAAAGAGAUACAUCAUGUUACGAGAAUCAUUACCGGGUUCGUGGAGAGAAGUUGGCAGAGAGGAAUUGAUUGAGGGGAGGAGUAGAGCUUGGAGAGUAGAGGAGGUAGAGGUGUUGGAUUUGACGGGGGAGUGAGGUUUCAGUGGAUGGGAUGGACAUUGGGAUAGGAUGGGACGGGAUUCGACGUGAUAUGAUAUGAUGGAAUGAGUAGUCGACGAAGCUACAUUUUGGGCUUUGGAUAUUGAAGAAAGAGAUGGAGUUCUAUGGAGUUGGUUGGGAUAGCGGAAUCUUUGGA